CCGGGCCCCGGCGGCUGCAGCUGAGGCUGCGCUGGGCAGAGCCGGCCCCGGCCCGGCCCCAUGUCCGCCUACCACUGGGAGGCCCGGCGCCGGCAGCUGGUGCUGGAGCGCAGGCGGCGGAACCAGCUCCUCCAGCAGAAGGCGGAAGAAGCCGCUAAGAAGGCGCCGGAGCAGAGGCCUGAAAUCAGCCCCUCCCAGCUGCAGCCCCAGGGCCCCCCCCGGCCAGAAGUCACCUGCUCCUGCCAGUGCUGCCCAUGCAAGUGUCAUUACAUGACGAUAAGCAGCGCAAAACUGCCGCGUAGAUUCUCAGCUGUGCAAUACAUACAACAAUGGUAAUGACCAAGUAACCAGCAGCGCAGGAAUGACUCCUCACCUCGUAACAUGCCUUUAAGCACCAAGGAGAUCCAGACAAGAGCAGCUGAAUCCAACACCAUAACGAAGCCAUCAGCAUGAAGAACAUAUAGGACCUGCCGGCCACUUCCCAUUGGGGGCUGUAACUCUUAAUGUGUAAUAAACCCUCCACACCCACA